AUGGAUCAAAGAAUGCUCUCUGGCGUUUGGAGCACAUCUGACAACACAGUCCGGCCCUCUGCACCCAAUCACAAGCUGCACAAGGACAAAGCAAUUUUUCCCCUCAACCCCCUAACGCCGUUAGAUAGCAGGGUGCAAUUCUCUACAGGUGUUCUCUGCCGUGGAGUCGUUCCUAUUUCCAUAUCUGACAUUCUCUUCGGACCUAAAUCUGACCUUGAAUCAACCAUGGCUGCUCAAGUGUCCUGUAGACCUGUGUACAGCUACGCUCUGAGCGUCUUGCUGGUGCUGCUUCCUGGGGCGAGCCAGGCCAGUCCCAUCAUGGCCCCCCAGGACACUCGUCGCGGGCCUGGGGCGAGAGGGGUUUUGAACACCCCUCUCCUGGAGCAGGAGGGUGACCUGGAUGUCCAGGACCUUUUGGGGCAGUUUCUGUCCACGUUUAACCUCACGGAGCUGGGGCCCUGGCCAAAGCCUCGCGCCUCCCGCAAGGAGCCACCAGAAUACAUGCUGGAGCUGUACAACCGAUUUGCCCACGGUCAAACCACAGUGCCCUCAGCCAACAUAAUACGCAGUUUCAAGAAUGAAGAUUCCUCCCCCUACAGUGUGACGUCCAUGGGUGUAAGGAGACACCCUCUGCUGUUCAACAUCUCCAUCCCCCCCCACGAACACAUCACCACCGCCCAACUCCGACUCUACACCCUGGUGCAGAGAGACCGCAGACGUUUCGCUGGCCUCGACCGCAAGGUUACGGUGUAUAAAAUACACAGUGUGGGAUUCUGGAGGGCAUAUGGGGGGGUAGGGAGGAGAGGGAAGGAGGAGGAGAUCAGAGAGAAGGAGGAGCUGGCCACCAGGCAUGUGCGCGGCGAGGACGAGGCCUGGGUGUCGUUUGAUCUGACUCAUGCCCUCCGUGCGUGGCGGAAGACAGAUUGCACCACCCACAGGCUGGAGGUCCACAUCGCCAGCGUGGAGCCUGAGCACAAGGAGACCCCUCAGAAGAUCACAGACGAGGUGGAGAACGCGUCGGGCGUGGACACAGACCGGAGCUCCGAGGGGAAACACAAGCCCGUCGUGAUCGUGUUCUCGGACGAUCAGAGCGUCCGCCAAGACAGACGAGAGACCCAGCAGCUGAUGGAACGCGACAACGACCUUCCAGCAAACCUAGACGUCAGCCAGCAGCCACUUAGGGCCGGUGACAACCGGAACGGCGGCAUCCCUGACAACGAGGAGCAGGACAAACAAACGUCUCUCGCGCGGCUGCACUCCAACCUUAUCUACGACACACCUCCCAGAGUCCGUCGCAAUGUCAAGGGCGAGUCCUGCAAGAGGACUCCGCUCCGCGUGGAGUUCAAGGACAUUGGAUGGGAUUCCUGGGUCAUCCAGCCCCUGGGCUACGACGCCUACGAGUGUAACGGCGUCUGCAACCCGCCUAUGACCUCGGAGGUGUCGCCCACCAAGCAUGCCAUCGUCCAGACUCUUCUCAGCGUCCGCAGACCACAAAUGGCCUCUCGAGCCUGCUGUGUGCCGACAAAGCUGGACCCCAUAUCACUGCUCUACGAGGACGGUGGAGUGGUCACAUACAAGCACAAAUAUGAGGGCAUGGUGGUGGCUGAAUGUGGCUGUAGAUAGUCCACACACCUGGGCCUACAGCAGACACAGACUGUGGAUUCAUAUGAUGACUGAGCAAUUGUCAGUUUCACUGUCCAGUUCCACAAUAAGGGCCAUGUACCACAAACACGUAACUAUCCUUGCUUUGUAAUUUAACAAUCAAUAACUAAAUAUCUGCUGUAUCUUAUUUAGGGCAUGGAUCCUUUGUGUGGGCCCCAGAGAACGAAGGACAAGUUUGUGCAUUUCAUCAUGUAAAUUUGCUUUUGUAUAGAGGUAUUUAACAUGGUAUCAGAAUGACUUAAAAUGCUAUUUAAAAUAGAGAACAAAGUUGCAUUCUUUGCAUAUUGUGUUGCAAUAACUAGUUACUAUCUGACUUUUCUCUUUAAGCCAAAUCCUUUUAUUGUCACUCAAUCAUACACACAAGUGCAACUGUGGGGGGAAAGUCUUGGGUUCAGUUUCAAGCAGUGUAGCAGUGUGACAAAAACACCAUUACACAUCUGUAACACAACACCGUGCACAAUGUAUACCUCAGAAAUACAUUAUGCAGUAGACACAAAAGGAGACUGAUUACAAUAAAAAACACUUACCCGUACCGUCUGUAAUCCCAAGGUACAGUUUGAUGCAGUGAACUAUACAAUUUCUCUCCCUGUGCUAAGAUGAACCAACCAUUUAUUUCAAAGACACCAGAUGGAAAUAGCAUGACUAAAAUUUCUCCCCUUUUUCUGUGUGUGGUGACGUACAGUUUGAUUGAGGGCCGAUAUCACUGUUAAACAAUGGCAGAAGAUACCCAAGAAAUAAAAUGGUCACCUGGUCUGAAGAGAUGUGCUGCUUAUAAGAGGCCUAUCUAAAGCACAUUAGAAAUCCCUGUGAACAUGUUUUAGCUACUUAAACCACUCUCUGACACUCAUUUCAAUCUGGGUAAUUGUGUAUCAUUUGUGCAUAGCCAGGGCUCUCAAGUUUGAUCAAAAGAGAAAGAUACGAGAGCCCUGUGUGUAGCCCUUCCUCGGGAGACGGGAAAACACUUUUCUUUACAGCUCUCAAAACAUUCUCAAUACUUAAUUGUUGCUCAUCAACUGGCUUGUAUGGGAUUCAAAAUACCAUCUCCAGCUGCAAGACCAUGCAGCCCAUGUCAUAAGAUUCAUAUGUAAGUUCCCCUGACAUUCAAAAUGUCCUCCUUAACCAUGUCAUUUGGAUUUUAGUAGCUACUAAAAACACUUUCAAAACCCUUGUUUGUCAGGUUAUUUCUCUCUGCCUCCAGCCCAUUUAGG